CUUUCCUCGCUCAUGAUCCCCUGCCUUGCCUCUGCUGCAGGAUGAGCAGCGCAACGUCAGUCUCCCAACGCUAACUCCAAGAAGCGACCAGAGCCCGCCCACAAGCCAGUGCCCAUCAUUUGCAGGCCCAUCUCAUGGGCUCGUGAAUGAUCAAGAUACCACUGCCUACAAGCCUGCAAACCCGCAGCCCACCUGCCUCGAAGUCCCUACGGCUCCUCUCUCGCCUGCCGAACGCCUACAGACCAGACAACUACAGCUGCACCUACACCUACCUACACCUGCACAUACACCUUUUCCUACACCUACACCUACUCCAACAGCCAGCACUCCUCUGCUACGAAACGCUACACCUACACGUACACAACACGCCCUGCACGCCUGCAAUACAGCCCCCUCCACUGCCCGUUCUGCAUCCCCUCAACGCCGCUCGUUGCCUCUACGGCCCACCACAGCUAGACGCAGGCUCUGUCGGUACGCUUGAGGCCAGUGACCCAGGGCCAAACGGUCGUCCAGCUGUCCAACCAUCAGCGCCCAUUGCCCCCCCCAGUCCCAGUCCCAGUCCUGCUUAGUUCCCAACUGCUCAAUCUCAAAAUUCGAGCGCGUGAGCAUAGCCAGUCUUUCGGGCCAAGGAACUUGCACUUUACCUAAACCACUCAUUGCUCUGACCUUACUUCAUCAAACGACACCUCCACACUCCAACCGCACACCAACAUCAACAUCGAAGCGUCGUGCUCGCUCGCCUCGACCGUCAACAUUCCAGCGCUGCCGCAGAACCUUCGACUCCACGACCACUCAGCCGGCCACUCCUCAGCCUCCCGUCUCACU